UCAUUGGUGGAUGUUCCCGCGCGUUGCCCGCUGGGAAGCGCCCCCCGGAAGUGAUGCGGAAGUGGAGGUGUGCGGGGGGGGAUCGCGUUCCCAUAGCAACCGCUGCGGCCGCCAUGUCCUUCAAGCGGGAGGGGGACGAUCCCAGCCAGCUCGGGGUGCUGCAGAAGCGACGCGUGGCCGACCUCUUGGCCAACUACAUCCCCGAGGAUGAGGCUCUGCUGCUGAGGAGCGGGAGGUACACCUGCACCGUCUGUGCCCACCGCCCCAUCUUCGACACCCUGGACGUGCUGACAGCGCACCGGGCGGGCAAGAAGCACCUGAGCAGUCUCCAACGCUUCUAUGGCAGGAAACGCUCACCCCAGGACGUGGCCCCCAGACCCCAGCAGGAGGAGGAAGCACCCAGAGAAGGGGCAGGGGGCCAGGCCCCUCUGCUGGCUCGGACCAGGAGGAUCGCCCGGAGUGCUCUGCUGAAAGCUGCUCCCUACAGCAGCUGCUGCCGGAGGAUGGGGGCGGAGGGAAGCAGCUGGAGGAGUGGUAUCACCGGGACCGGGCUGACCCAGACGCCUCCGGAACCGCCGCGGGAGGAGGGAGGAGCCGGGACCGGCACCGCCGGGGCUGUGCGAGCGGACGCUCCCAAAGUGGCCGCAGCCAGGAGGCAGCGGGCUGGGAAAGGCAAAACCUCGAGUCUGGACCGGGACCAACCCCUCAGCCCCGAGAGGCGCCGGGAGCUGGAGCGGUUCCUGCAGCUGCGGAGUGCCGGAUGGAUCCAGGACCUCUCGGGGAGGUGGGUGAAGGACCAGAACGCUGAAUUCGACUCGGACGAGGAGGAGCCACCCCCUGCGCUGCUGCCAGCCUGAGCCCCCUCCCCCCGUGUCCCUUUGUCCCCCGUGGGGACUGUCCCCUCGGCUGUCCCCAAGCCGUGAAUAGAGGCAGCUG